ACUAAUAUUUUUAUUUAUUAUUUGUGUGAGCAUUACGACAAAAAGAUCGUAAUUAGAUAAUAAAUUUUCAAGUAUAUAUAUAAAUAAUAUCUAAGUUUUAUUUAUAUGCAUCAUCGUCAUGGCUGCAAUUAUAGGAAAAUUCAUAGCAGGAUAUGAAUAUAUUAACGAAAAUCUGGCAGAUCCACGUACCAAAAAUUAUUUUAUGAUAUCCACGCCAUGGCCUUGUAUAGCUCUACUUGGAUUUUAUGUAUAUUUUAUUUAUGACUUGGGACCAAGAUUUAUGGCAAGGAGACAACCUUUCCAACUAAAUAGAAUAUUGCAAAUAUAUGAUUUUUCACAAAUUGUAUUAAAUGCAUAUCUAUUUUAUAAAGCACUAACAUUGGGGUGGUUACGCGAAUACAGUUUCUUUUGCGAACCGAUUGAUUUUUCGUAUUCACCAAAAGCCAUAGAGAUUACCAAAACAAUAUGGAUGUAUUUCAUGAUUAAGAUAUUGGAUUUGUUGGAGACAAUUUUUUUCGUACUCAGAAAGAAACAAAAUCAAAUAACCUUCCUUCAUAUAUAUCAUCAUAUGGGCAUGGUAUUUGGUGCUUGGAGUGCCACUAAAUAUCUACCUGGCGGUCAUGUUACGUUCCUCGGAUUGCUCAAUACAUUUGUACACUCAAUAAUGUACACGCAUUAUCUGCUAUCGACUAUGAAUAUAAAUACAAAUUCAUGGAAGAAAUACAUCACUCAGUUGCAAAUGAUCCAAUUUUUCCUGAUUAUUUUACAUUACGCACAAUUAGCCUGGGUAGAAGAUUGUGGCUUCCCGCUUUGGACAGCAUAUGUAAUGAUCCCACAGAAUUUGUUUAUGAUAACAUUAUUUGGAGAUUUUUAUUAUAAAACGUACAUUAAAAAACGGCCGGCAAUACUGAGGAAAAUGGAAACAAAUGGCGUUUCCGCAGAAAUUUCGAAAGAAAAUUCAAAACAACAAUGAAUUUAAAGCAUAAUAUAUUGUUUACUCUAUUUUUCUCUUUCUCUUUCUCUAUU